AUGGAUGAUGGAAAGGAAGUCAUUGCAAAGAUACCAAAUCCCAAUGCUGGACGUGCUCACUUUCUCACAUUCAGCGAGGUCGCAACAAUGGACUUUGUGAGCCAGGAAUUAUUUACAUAUACCAGCACCAAAGUGUAUUCGUGGUGCUCGGAUGCCAGCAAAAGCAGGGUCGGCGCGGAAUAUAUCAUCAUGGGGAAAACUCCUGGAGCUCAGCUCUCCACGUUCUUGGACAACAUGGAUGUUGUCCAAAAGUCGAAAAUUGUGGAAAACAUCGUGUUGUUUGAAAAAUCUCUUGCGUUGAACCCAUUCCCUGCAUACGGUAGCUUGUACUAUUCCGAUAGUGAUACCACGAGAGAAAAAUUUACUGUUGGUGCUACCAAUUACCGGAAAUACUUUGAUGACGGAAGAGGUUCAUUAGCCUUGGAUCGAGGUCUCUGGUUUUCGACUGAAGACUACGUUGCUGCCAAUGCAAAAUGGGAGCGUGAAUCAAUUAUUUCCCUGGGCCCUUCUCCAAGGCUACAGGGAGUAUUCAAUGGACCGAAUAUAUACCAGCCAUCUAAGGCUGCAAAGCUUCAUGCCUUGGAUCUGUACCUGUCCAUAUCAAAAUACCCUUUCCCAACAAUAAAGAUACCCAUAAAGGUGUACUAUGGCACCCUGAUCUCCACACCGACAAUACCUUCCUCAUAUCGCGCCCCUUUUUCUACAAGCGCGUCGACCGGCAUUCUUGGACUUCGAUGGUCCCAUUCCGGAAAGGCUCAAAUUUCUUUCCCCGAAAACUUUGACGAUUUACAAUCGGAGGAGAAAAUUUAUGCAAAGAAGCUCCGUGAUGAGCAAGCAUUAUAUGUUCUCUAUGAGAUUGAAUUACUGCGGCAGUGCAGAGCCGCAGGGUCCGCAUUACAUGGUCGUGACACCUUGGUGAGUCGGCUGAUGGGCCUUGCUGGGUCUCUUUUUACCGAUGGAGAGCCAGUAGUCCUCGGCUACCUAAUGCAAGCAGUUGACAGGUGGGGUGAAAUAGUGGGAGUGGAUGCUGCUGGGGAGCCACUUGUUCCUUGUCCUAUUGAUGUCACAGACACGGAGAGAGCUAAGCAAAGGGCAGACCAGCAGAAAUGGGAAGGAGUCGAAUUGAUGGAUGAAAUUUUUCAGUAUUUGGGUGCCUAUAGUGGACGGGAUGGUUUUGUGAGUCCUGAUGAUUAUGAGGUGAAGAUGCAGCAUGUUAUAACGUCGCAGGAAGCAUUCCUGCAGAGUAUGGCUGGAUCAGAUGAAGGUAAAACAGAGCAAUGGCGCAAGGAUGGCCCUCUCCUCUUUCCUAAAUUUUGA